AUGACGACUCAACACAUCACAACACCAGCACCCGAGUCGGUCUUCCUCACACUAGUGCGGCAGCCCGACUUGCUCCCGUACAUGACGCAGUUCCAGCACGGAAGCCCAAAAGAGCUCGCUGCUGCCUUCAAAAAGUACCGGCGGCAGCUCACCAAGUCUGCGUACGCGCACAUCGAUGCCAACGACCACAGUGUCUUGCGCUGCUUUGUGCUGUUUCGACUCCUCGCAGAUGGCCGAUCCACCCUCGCACGGCUCUGUGUGCGUCACUACCCGGAGGGGUACGUGGUCCCGCGCCUCCCGGCCACGGAGCUCUACGCGAUGGACGCUGCAGCGCGCCUCGGGGACGUCGUUCUGCUCACUUUUCUCCACGAACACGACCUCGGACGGUGCAGCGCUGGUGCCAUGGACGUGGCUGCCGCGACGGGCCAUUUGUCGGUCGUGCGCUUUCUGCACCGACACCGGCGCGAAGGCUGCACGCAGCUGGCAUUUACGCUGGCCCGUCGACACGGACAUACCAAGGUGCUGCAGUACCUCACUACGCACUGCGCCGAGUUUGAGCGCCGACAAAGCGUCCCGCGACAUUCAGGCAAAGACGCGGUCGUCGCCGGCGGCAUGGUCGCCACAAGCUGCGCGAUACAGUAGCGCGAGGCACUUGAAUGAGGAUACGAGUAUUUUACUGUGCG